AACCGUAAAAGGGGCUGGGGGCCCCUUGCAGCAAGCCGGCUGCCACGGAGAGAGGAUGGCCAGCAGGAAGGCGGGGACCCGGGGCAAGGCUGCGGCCACCAAGCAGGCCCAGCGAGGCUCUUCCAAUGUGUUCUCCAUGUUUGAGCAAGCCCAGAUCCAGGAGUUCAAGGAAGCCUUCAGCUGCAUUGACCAGAACCGUGACGGCAUCAUCUGCAAGUCAGACCUUCGGGAGACCUACUCCCAGCUCGGGAAGGAGGGGCCGGCCUGGGCGGGCGGGGAGGCUGGCCGCCCGUGUCCAUCCCAUGCCCCGUUGCCGCCAGGGAAGGUGAGCGUUCCGGAAGAGGAGCUGGACGCCAUGCUGCAGGAGGGGAAGGGCCCCAUCAACUUCACCGUCUUCCUCACGCUCUUCGGGGAGAAGCUUAACGGGACGGACCCCGAGGAAGCCAUCCUGAGCGCCUUCCGCAUGUUCGACCCCAAUGGCAAGGGUGUGGUGAACAAGGAUGAACUUUGGCUCUCCCCAGGUUCAAGCAGCUUCUCCUGACCCAGGCAGACAAGUUCUCUCUGGCUGAGGUGGAGCAGAUGUUCGCCCUGACGCCCAUGGACCUGGCGGGGGACAUUGACUACAAGUCUCUGUGCUACAUCAUCACCCACGGGGAUGAGAAGGAGGAGUGAGCUCGGCACAGCUGCGACUUGGGGCCGGCCCGUGGGGACACCACAAUAAAUGUGUUUCCCAAUCA